AUGAUAAACGUAAAAACAAAACGCGGAUUUUGCUGUAAACCCAAAAUUAUAGUUGAAUAUAAUAAAGCAAAAACAUCAAUUGAUUUGUCAGAUCAAAUGAGUGCGUAUAGCAGUCCCUUGAGGAGAACUCUCAAAUGGUAUAAAAAGUUAGCCUUUGAGUUAUGUUUGAACACUGCUGUGGUCAAUUCGCUGUUCGUCUUUCAAGAAGUAACAGGACAAAAAAUAUCAAUUACGGAAUUUCGGAGACAACUGGUGAAUGAACUGACACAGCGAGAAGAUGAACAAAUUCCGCGUCCCGCAGAAAAAAUUCUUCAUAAAUUGCAGAAAAAGGAAGGAGACGUCCAUAAAGUUCGGAAAUAUUGUUCUGGUUGUUAUGCUGAAAAUUCAAGAUUAUUUGGGCCCAAGAUAGCAAAAAAUUUAACAAAAAAGGUUGUUACAUUUUGUUACAUGUGUAAAUCCCAGCCAUACUUUUGCUUAGAAUGUUUUAAUAAAGCUCAUUAA